GUGGGAUAAAGUCAUCGUGCCCCUCCUCCGCCUUCGGAUCUUAAUCUCUUAGGCUUCUAUUCCUCCAACCCCGCCACACCCUUUUGAGACAGACAGGACAACAUCUUCAAGCCCACUGAUUACACGAUGUCGGCCAAGGUUCCCAGGAACUUCAGAUUGCUCGAAGAGCUUGAAAAGGGCGAGAAGGGCCUGGGUGCAGAGGCGUGCUCCUAUGGUCUAGAUGAUGGCGAAGAUAUGAUGAUGAGUAACUGGAAUGGAACUAUUUUGGGCCCUCCCCAUAGCGUCCAUGAGAACAGAAUCUACAGUGUCAAGAUUCACUGCGGUCCCGACUACCCUGACAACCCUCCUACCAUCCAAUUUAUCUCCCGCGUCAACCUGCCAUGCGUUGAUCCUCACACCGGCAAGGUUGAUCCCACCAAACUGCCCUGUCUGGCCCAGUGGAAGCGCGAAUUUACCAUGGAGACCAUUCUGCUCGAGAUCAGACGGUAUAUGGCUCUUCCCCAGCACAAGAAGCUUCCCCAGCCCCCGGAGGGCUCCAACUUCUAAAUGAUGUGAUGUGUGAAAUGACUGGGGGACCGAAUGAGGAGUAUUCUGGCUGGUUUUGCGCAUGAGGUUCGUUUCGCGUCUUCUUUAGUUUUACUCAUUAGAGCGUGUAUAGUCUAUGCAUAACGGCGGGCAUGGCGUGGUGUCAAUCGAAGCCUAGUUGCAAUCUUCAGUCUUCCUAGAAGGAGCUAUCGG